UUUUGAGGACGACUACUGAUCCUGUGAGAUAGCACACAAAGAGGGAGAAAAAAAAGAGAUGGAGAUAGAGUUCACCGUCCCACGCGAAAGUCAACCUCCUGUAGGUCAAUGCACACAUUCUCACUGGGCUCCAUAUGUUCUCUCUUUGUCUUCCUUGUUGGUUGCUCCCCACCCUGGAUCUCAUCAUCCCUCUAUCGUCGUUUCCUCUGAGCACUCGCCCGUCUGUCGAGCCUGUGCCUGUCGAGCUCGAGCAAGGGGACUCUCGACGAAAGAUCGCUUGUUCACGGCAGUUCUCGACGGCACUCGGCGCUCGCCAUUGGAGCCACCGCAAUCCCCAUAAACGAUAUUAUAACUAUUUACAGUCUAAGCGUCAUUUCAUAUUUUUCCUUAUUAUUAUAAUAAUAAAGUAGAUACAACAUUCAUUGCUAUUAAAUUAACGGAAUUUCCCUUGUGUGUUAUUAAUAAUAUAGUCUUGUUGAUAGGCUUGGUCGAUUGAGCAAAUAUUGUGUUAAUUAUUUUGUUCAAGGCUGAUAGAAGUGCGUAACGGUUAUAUGGGUUUGCGGUGGGAUCCUCAGACGAACGCGAACAGUCACUCUCUACACAUACGUACAGGAUAUUUAUUUUUCCACCAAUUUUAAAAGGAUUUAUUAUAUACUAGCACUAGCACACUAAAAAAAAUAUUUGAAGCGAGCUUGAAAAUCGAAAACGAGUGGAACAAUGCAGAGCAACGGAGCGGAAGGUGUUGGGGAAAAUGGAGUAGAUAGAAGUGGAUGGACGGUUGGGCUUAUAAAUGGCAAGUUUAAAUAUUUAACCGCCGAAACAUUUGGUUUCAAAAUCAAUGCAAACGGCUCGAGUUUAAAAAAAAAACAGCUUUGGACACUUGAGGGAAGUGAGCAUCAAGUUUUCCUUCGUUCUCACUUGGAUCGUUACCUCGCAGUCGAUCAAUUUGGUAACGUUACCUGCGAGGCUGAAGAUCCUUCCGAUCUUGGUUGUGCUUUUCAGAUUCAGCUUGCUUCGGAUGGGAGUGGUAGGUGGGCUUUGAAAAAUAUACAGCGCGGAUAUUUCUUGGGUUCUAGCCAAGAUGAACUCAAGUGUACAGCUAAGGCUCCUGGUGAGGCAGAGUACUGGCUUGUGCAUCUUGCUGCUAGACCACAGGUGAAUCUUCGGUCAGCUGGUCGUAAACGUUUCGCUCAUUUAAGCGCAACUCAGGACGAAAUUCACGUGGAUGCACCUGUACCGUGGGGAGAGGAUACGCUCUUCACACUUGAAUUCCGUCCAGCAGCAAACGCGGACAAUGACACGGUUGGGGGGCAUGGCAAAUCUGAAGGAGGUCAUUACGCUCUUCACACUUGCAAUAACAAGUAUCUUGCCCGCGAUGGAAAGCUAUUCGAUAGUUGUACUCGAGAAUGCUUAUAUGCUGCAGAAUUUCAUGCUGGAUUGUUGGCUUUGAGAGACAUUCACGGAGCUUAUUUGGCACCAAUUGGCAGCAAAGCUGUUUUAAAAUCAAGAUCGACGACAGUGACACGGGACGAACUAUUCUCAUUGGAGGAAUCUCUACCACAAGCGUCAUUCAUUGCUGCACUCAAUCAACGUUAUGUGUCUGUUAAGCAAGGUGUCGAUGUAACGGCUAAUCAGGAUGAGAUAUCAGGUCACGAGACAUUCCAAUUGGAGUUUGAUCGUGUAACAAAACGGUGGUAUGUAAGAACAAUGCAAGAUCGUUACUGGAGUUUAGAGGCUGGUGGGGGAAUUCAAGCUUCUGAUCAUAAACGCUCAUCAAAUGCGCUAUUUGAUCUUGUCUGGCAGCCAGACGAUGGAACUGUUGCACUACGUGCAAAUAAUGGAAAAUUUCUUGCUACUAAACGUUCUGGACAUCUGUAUGCCAAUGCAGAUUCACCCAUCUCCGGUGAUUCUGAUGCAUCGAAAUACUACUUUUAUCUUAUGAAUCGACCCAUUCUCGUUCUACGUUGUGAGCAGGGAUUUGUGGGCCCAAAAAGUGCUGCAAGUCCAAAACUUGAGUGCAAUAAAGCGGGAUAUGAAACAAUCCGUGUUGAGCGCUGUGAACGUGGCAUUGUUCGCUUCAAGGGCCAAAAUGGAAAUUAUUGGCACGCUGACAAUGAAGGUGUUACUGUAGACGCUGAUCAACCAUCGGUGGGAUUUUACUUGGAACUUCGUGAACCUUCUCGUAUAUGCAUUAAAUGUACCGAUGGGAGAUACCUAAGCGCUGGUAAAAAUGGAGCUCUCCGUUUGGGUGAUACUGCUUAUGAAUCUGCCACAAAAUGGGAAUUCUAAAGCUCUUGUGGAUAUAUUCCAAAUAAUUUUUCUUCAAAGCCUCUUAUUUUGCGGCAUAUAGUACUCUGAGAGGAUGGGGGAAAAUAAUAAAUGUAGGAAUGAAGCAUAACUUUUUCGCUACUA